AUGGCCCAUUCCACUCCUCGUCAUACUCCGACUCGCAGUCGUACCCCUUCUGUUCCCCCAUCACAACGUUCCACCCGCAUAGUUACUCCUCUUCGCACCAAUGCCAGAUAUGUCCAAACAAAUAGUGACUGCCGUAAAUUGUUAUCUCAAGAUCCGAGAAGUUCCUCUGACUCUGAAUCUAGUAUCUCCGGGAUUCCCAAGCCAUCAAGAUCCAAUGCCAACCCUCGGCAAAAUCAAAAGAAAAAAACCAAUCCAACGAACAAACCAACACCAACCGGACUCAAACUUUACUUUCUUGAACCAUUCUAUGAGGAGGGGGAAACAAAGGAAGGGCCUCCAAUGCAUUACAAAUGCAAAUGGUGUGGCAUUCCCUAUAAGAAAGGUGAUGGCUCCCGUGGAAAUCUAGUUAAACAUCGUGAUGGUGCCACCAAUCAAUCUGCCUGUAAUAAACGAGCCAAGGCAAUCCGCUCAGGAGCUAAACUACCACUAACUGCAAAAGAGAUUGCCUCCAAAAAGCGCUCCAAAGAAUCUGGCACCGCAAACUUCAUACAUUCAGCAAAAUUUGAUCCCAAGAUACUCAACCAACUCAUUGUUCUAUGGAUCGUACAAAGCUCAUUGCCAUGGAGCCGAAUCGAAGAUAAACUUCUGGGUCUUGCCUUCCGUUACACUUGA